UGCCAGCUCCGCCUCUCGACACACUUAACCCUGUGUAUUCCGGGACAUCUUGACGUCACUGUCACGACGUCAUCAUCCUUAGCCGAGACAGCCGGAGCAGCGAAAAGCAGCGACGACACCGACUUGUUGCGGGGAUCACGGCUAGUGCGGGGGAGGGAGCGGCGACAUACGGGCAGGCAGAGCGGUGUAUCCCCGGAUAUUGAAAAUGUCUGCAAAAGAGGAGCAGAAUCCUGCUUGCAAAAUUAUGACUUUCCGACCUACCAUGGAAGAAUUCAAAGAUUUCAACAAAUAUUUAGUAUAUAUGGAAUCUAAAGGUGCUCACCGAUCUGGGUUGGCAAAGGUGAUACCACCAAAGGAAUGGAAACCCAAGAAGCAUUAUGACGACAUUGAUGACCUUGUAAUACCUGCUCCUAUCCAGCAGAUGGUCACUGGCCAGUCGGGCCUCUUCACGCAAUAUAAUAUCCAGAAGAAACCAAUGACUGUAAAGGAAUUCAGAAGAAUGGCAAAUAGUGACAAAUACUGCACGCCAAGAUACUUAGAUUAUGAAGAUUUGGAACGUAAAUACUGGAAAAAUUUAACUUUUGUGGCACCAAUUUAUGGAGCAGAUGUCAAUGGAAGCCUGUAUGAUGAAGAUAUAAAUGAAUGGAAAAUUUCUCGCUUGAAUACCAUCUUGGAUGUUGUAGAAGAAGAAUGUGGCAUCUCUAUUGAAGGUGUAAAUACUCCUUAUCUCUACUUUGGCAUGUGGAAGACCACAUUUGCAUGGCAUACAGAAGAUAUGGAUCUUUAUAGCAUCAACUACCUCCACUUUGGGGAGCCAAAGUCAUGGUACUCCAUACCACCAGAGCAUGGAAAAAGACUGGAAAGACUGGCUCAAGGUUUUUUCCCCAGCAGCUGUCAAGGAUGUGAAGCCUUUCUUCGGCAUAAAAUGACACUUAUAUCACCAUCAAUACUAAAGAAAUAUGGCAUUCCUUUUGACAAGGUUACACAAGAAGCUGGUGAAUUUAUGAUCACUUUCCCAUAUGGGUAUCAUGCAGGUUUCAAUCAUGGCUUCAACUGUGCCGAAUCAACAAAUUUUGCUACAGUCAGAUGGAUUGAUUACGGAAAAAUGGCCAAGCUGUGUUCAUGCAGCAGUGACAUGGUAAAAAUAUCUAUGGAUAUCUUUGUGAAGAUGUUUCAGCCAGACCGGUAUGAAAUCUGGAAACAAGGGAAAGACGGCUACAAUAUUGACCAUGCAAAACCUACUAUGGAAGCUACUCCAGAACUAAGAGCCUGGAUGAAUAAAAGGAGAAGGAAAAUAAAAAAAGCUUUGAAAGGCCUUCAGCGUACCACAUCUCGUUCUAAGAGGCUUAAGACUCGGGAGGACAAGCAAGUAUCCGCCAUGGUAGUCGGGGCAGAAAUCAUAGCUACUGAAGCUGCUACAGAUGGUUUCAAGGUCAAUGAAAAACCCGCAGAAAACGUAGAGCAAGUAAACAAAGAGGAGCCUUUAGGGGAUGUGGAGAACAUUAGAGAAGUGCAUCUAGAUCACAGUUUAUUGAAUAAUAUCCAAGCCUCAGAUUCCCCUUCAGCUAUUCCUUUGGAACAAGAUAUGAAGCCAGAAGACCAGGGUAAUCAUGACCUCAGUUUGGCUGCUUCUGGCCUUACCGAACUAUGCAGCUUUUUUGCCCCAUCUGCUGACAUAAAGAUAGAAGAAUGCACAAAUUCAGUAGAGGUAAUAGACCAAAAACCAAAUGGGCAGGAAUUCCAAACAUGUGAUCCGUCUGAAGUCGCUAGCAUAGAAAAGGAGGAGACCAGCAGCAUCACCAGUGAUGAAGAGGAUGAUGUCAGUGACCUUGAGAUAGCUGAAUGUGGCCUGGAACCUGGAGAAAUUCCUUCCAUGUUAAAUGAUGGGAAUCAAAGUUCUGAAAAGCCCAAUCUUUGUAGCACAACUUGGGCUGAAAAUAAUGAGAAAAGACCACAAAGAACAAAGAGCUGGAGACUUCCCCUGGGUAAACCUCCUUCUAGGUCUCUUAUGACAGUAGUUAAACAUCAAGCAAGUGAUGAAGAAUUUUCAGAAUGUGUUGAUGAAGCAACUGAAGAAACUGAUGUUUGGGCUAAACCUCUCUUUCAUCUCUGGCAAACAAAGGUGCAAAAUUUUGCUGCUGAAAGAGAGUUUAAUGAGUCUGUCUCUAAAAUCAAGCCAUACUGUGCUGUCUGCACUCUCUUUUUGCCUUACUAUAAGUCAGAGACCUAUAACGACGAUGUUCAGACUUAUUGGGACACAGUCUCAAGUGAAAUUCCUGCAAAGGAGCAAAAAACAAAGCCCCUGAUCCCAGAAAUGUGCUUUAUAAACAGUGAAGACAACACAGAAUAUUCACCAACAAAUACCUUUAUUGAUGAUGAUGGCAGAAGUCAGCUUAUUACCUGCACUAAAUGUUGCGUACAGGUUCAUGCAAGUUGUUAUGGUGUUCCUUCCCAUGAAAUUCAUGAUGGAUGGAUGUGUUCUCGAUGUAGAAUUGGAGUUUGGACAGCAGAAUGCUGCCUUUGCAGUUUAAGAGGAGGGGCACUAAAGCAAACUACUGAUGAUAAGUGGGCACAUGUAAUGUGCGCAAUAGCUGUGCCAGAAGUCAGGUUUGAAAACGUGAUGAAGAGAUCGCAGAUAGACACAAGUAGAAUUCCUCUUGAAAGGUUAAAAUUGAAUUGUAUUUUCUGCAGGCAAAGAGUUAACAAUGUUCCAGGAGCUUGCAUCCAAUGCUCAUAUGGCCGCUGUCCCACGUCCUUCCAUGUCACCUGCGCCCAUGCUGCGGGGGUAGUGAUGGAACCUGAUGACUGGCCCUUUGUAGUGUACAUUACAUGCUUCAGGCACAUGAUCAAUCAAAACAUGAGGAGCAAAACAACAGUGAAGAAGCUAAGCAUUGGACAGACUGUCAUUGCAAAACACAGGAACACGAGAUACUACAGUUGCAAGGUUGCUGAGAUAACGUCUCAAACAUUCUAUGAAGUUGAGUUUGAUGAUGGAUCUAUUAGUAGAGAUACAUUCCCUGAAGAUAUAGUUAACAGAGACUGCCUUAAAUUAGGGCCACCUGCAGAGGGAGAGAAUGUGCAAGUCAAAUGGCCUGAUGGCUUACUUUAUGGAGCAAAAUAUCUUGGACAUAACAUAUUGUUUAUGUAUCGGGUUGAAUUUGAAGAUGGGUCACAGAUUGUUACAAAAAGAGAAGACAUUUACACGUUGGAUGAAGAGCUUCCUAAAAAGAUUAAGUCUCGCUAUUCCAGGGCAUCAGACAUGAAAUUUGAAGAUGCUUUCUAUGGGGAAGAAGUAAUUUGUGGUGAGAGGAAAAGGCAGCGAGUUCUCAAUGUCAAGUUCAAGAAUGAAUAUGUUGAUGACCCAGGAUAUCGUUCAUUUCUGAAGAGUUCAUUCCAAAAAAAAUGCCGCAAAGGACAAUAAGGAAAUGAUUAAACAAAGUACAGUACACCCAGUAAGGGACCUGAUUUGUUACAAAUGUUGCACUGUUAAACAAUUAUGGACAUUCUCACAUAUUGGAUACAAGAACAUAAAAGAUAAGUCGUUUCAGCAGAAGGCAUGGGAUUAAUAGGUUAUAAGCAUGGGUAAUUCUAGUAGUUGCCAGCUCAAAAUUCUUCACCACUAUAGUGGAUGUGAUACUAUGAACAACAAUAUGCUUUCAGGGGAGGGCUGGCUAUGUAUAACUUGGGGUUACAUUUAAGUUGAAUAUGAACCCAAAAUAAAUCACCAUUUCUAAAAUUGUAAAUGGUUCUUAAUACAACACAGCGGUAUGCUAGAUUACCAUCGUAGGGCAUUACGUAUUAAGCCUUGGCUUUUGUUGCAUGAAGUGCCAAGGGUAUUUUUGUUUCAUUUUUAUAAGACCUAGACUCCAUAAUCUCUAGCUGCUCUGAGACAAUCUGUUUACUAAGAACGUACUGCAUAUAGAUGCCCAUAGAGGUGCAGGAAACUUAUUUACAAAAGUAGUGCAAAGCGCUAUGAGAAAUGUGUAAAGCAUAGUAGCCACGAUUUCUGCUUCGUUGCUUUGGUUUACAACAUAUUACAUGGUGCUCUUUGCUUUAAUAAAUACGGCUAUAUAUUUUGUAUGUGGGUUCUAGUUAACAAUUUUUUGCCCGAGAUUCACCCCAUUGGCAUACAGUUGAAUUUCCUGUGAAUCUUAGGUGAAAUUGUUGAUAAAUAGAUCAUAUUGUGUGUGUGUGAGAUAUAAUACAUGCUACGGUGUGUUAAUCCUCGCAGAUAUGGUUUUGAGACCUCAUUUUUCUACAAAUGGGAAAUAAUUGGGAGUCCUAGGCAGUGCUUUCCAGCUCUUUAUCCCCAGGAUGUUGACAUAAGGCUGAACAUGUCUUACACAAAAAAAAAUUGGAACUACUUUAGACACUCAGGGUUGUGCUUUUUCAGGAUAUCCAAGGUAGAUUCUUUGUAUGAAUGCAUUGUCUUACCAGCAUUUAUUAUGAGAAAAUUCCCUCAUUUCAGAGUGGUCAACGGUUCAGAUUAUGAUCAACUUUUUUUUUUUCUUUUUUUUUUUUAUUAAGUUCUGCAUAUGUAAGAUAUCCUUUCAUGUUUAUUUGUUUUGAAGUUGGCCUGUUUCUUAAUGAGUGAGGCAAUUCACCAACAGUGUCCUUUUUGCAGGAGACACUCCAUAUGCAUAAGUUAUUUUUGUAAAGCAAUAAGCAACGCUUUCUCAAGUAUGAAAUUUCUUGACUGAGGUAUGCCUUCUUCCCUCAUAAUUUUACUUCUGGUUUUACAGAUAACUGUUUAGUUAUAUAGCACAAAUGUACAUACGCAUAUUCAAUGGGUGAAUGGAAAUUGGUAAUAAAAUAAUUUAAAGAGUG